AUGAAAUGGGUCAGGCGGCGGAAGCAGAAGCAGAAGCAGAAGCAGAAGCAGAAGCAGAAGCAGAAGCAGGAGGAAGAAGACUCCUCCUUGUCCAGCGGUUUCUCUCUCUUCCGGCUGCUUCCGCUGUCGUGGGUCUCCAAGCUCAAGUCGGCGAAGUCCAGCAAGAACCCAUCUCCGGCAGGUGACCUCCCGGAGACCAAGCAGAAGCCCCGGUCGCCGGAGUUUCACUCGUUCGUCCCUCCGGCGAUCUUCCACCGCCUGGUAGGCCGGCGGCGGGAGGAGGCAGCAGUGGCGGCGGAGGAGGAGGAGGCCCCCCGGCGGCAUUCCUGCGCGACCGCCGACGACGUGCGUCGCUUCGGGCGGAGCAGAGGGCAGCGGGAGCUCUUGCUAGGCUCCGCCAGGUUCGACGUGGGGUGGGGAGAGCCGGAUUUUCCCCCGUUGCUGUCUUGCCGAAGUUGCAGAGUGGAGCCUCUCUCCCCGCCGGAGAAGACAGCUCUCCGCCGCCGCCGGAGGAUCUGUUCUUCUUCUUUUUCUUAUUCUCCUCCUCCGGUGGAGAAGGGGAGGAGGAGCUUGGAGGGCUUUGCGGUGGUGAAGAGAUCGAGGGAUCCGCAGAGGGAUUUCAGGGAGUCGAUGGUGGAGAUGAUCGAGAGGAACGGGAUGGGGAGAGCGGAGGAGCUGGAGGGGCUGCUGGCUUGCUACCUGGCGCUGAAUGCCGACGAGUACCACGACGUCAUCGUGAGGGUCUUCCGGCAGCUCUGGCUGGAGAUGGAUCCAUCGCCGCCGCCCUCCCGCUAG